GCCUUGACUCGAGCCAAACAUAAAACAUUGAUAGCGCAAUCGCUUCGUGCUUAACUCCUACAUUUUUAAUCAAACUUUAACACAACGUGCCAUUUCACAAAAAUCCAAAUUAGUUCCACCAACACAUCAUGAAGCUUCACACCUUUUUAACAACUUACCUCACCAUUAAUUUUGCAUCAUGUAACACCAUUGAUUCAGGCAACGACUACGAUUUUAUAAUUGUUGGUGCUGGCUCAGCUGGAAGUGUUAUAGCGAGCCGAUUAUCAGAAAAUCUCAUUUGGAAAAUUCUUCUUCUCGAAGCCGGAGACGAAGGCAACCUCAUCUCGUCAAUACCUACAGCAGUGUCUCUCCUACCUUUCACUAAAUACAACUGGGGACACUUUAUGGAAGUCCAACCAAACUUGGCCCAGUCCUACAACGACAAUCGAAUGCCUUGGCACAAGGGCCGAGGCUUAGGCGGCACUUCUCUUAUCAACUACAUGAUAUACACACGUGGAAAUAGGUUCAAUUACGACCAGUGGGCCGCACAAGGCAACCCCGGAUGGUCCUAUGUCGACGUUCUACCCUAUUUUAUCAAAUCAGAAAACUGCAGCGUGAAAAACGCUGAUUAUGCCUUUCACGGUGUGGACGGUUAUUUGGGUAUCUCUGAGCCGUUUCAAACUAAAAUCACCGAUGUUUUCCUCAAAGGGCUCCACGAGCUGGGGCUACCAUUUAUUGAUUAUAACUCAAACAAAACUUUAGGAGCUUCGCCGAUUCAAGCGAAUAUUUUUCAAGGCAGGAGACACACAAGUGCCGAUGCGUUCCUCAAACCGGUGAAACACAGGUUUAAUCUUUACAUCAAAACGAGAGCUUUCGCUCGAAAAGUCCUAAUUGAUGAGAAGACAAAACACGCGUAUGGUGUUGAGUACGAAGUUUCGGGCAAAAUAUUCAAAGCCAUGGCACGGAAAGAAGUGAUUUUGUCAGCCGGUGUUAUAAAUUCGCCCCAGCUGCUUAUGCUUUCAGGGAUUGGGCCGAAGCAAGAAUUAGGACAAUUGGGAAUUCCUGUUUUAAAAGACCUCCAAGUUGGGAGAAAUCUGCAGGACAAUUUGGCCUUUCUAGGACUCAAUUUUGUGACGCCUGAAGACGUUACAUUGCGUUUCUCAAAAUUUGUCAACCUUGUUAGUAUCUACGAAUUGUUCGAGAGUAGGACGGGGCCAUGGGUUGGUGCAGGAGGUGCCCAAGCUAUCGCCUAUAUAAAGACGGACGAAUCCGAGGAAUUAGGGCCUGUGCCUGAUAUGGAAUUAUUGCUAAUCGGAGGAUCUUUAUCGACCGAUUAUGGCCUAAUUCUCCGGACAGGAAUGAAUAUUAGAGACGAUGUUUACAAUUCGCUUUUUGCCCCAACUGAAGGGAAAAAUUCCUUUAUGAUCUUCCUCUCACACUUGACCCCGAAAUCGAAAGGAUAUAUAAAACUCCGGUCGGCUGACCCUCACGACUACCCCCUCAUGUAUGGAAAUUAUUUCACAGAUCCGGGAAAUAAAGACAUAAAUACGUUUCUGGCUGCGGUUAGAUACGUGCAAAAGCUCAUUCAGACGGAAACUUUCAAAAAAUUCAAAAUAACUCUUAUCGAUAAUCCGGUUCCUGGCUGCACUCAUCACCAGUACGAUAGUGAUGAUUAUUGGAGGUGUUUCCUCCGAUCGCUUAUACAAACUUUUAAUCAUCAAGUCGGGACGGCAAAAAUGGGGCCCAAGAAUGACCCCGAUGCUGUGGUGAAUCACAAAUUGGAAGUUUACGGGGUUAAGGGAUUGCGAGUGGCUGAUUGUAGUGUUAUUCCUUUUGCACUGAGUGCACACACUAAUGCCCCAGCUAUGAUGGUGGGCGAAAAGGCAGCCGAUAUUAUCAAAAAUGCGUGGAAGGAUAAUUUAUGGUAAAAUGACUCAGAGACUUGAAAUAUAAAUAGAUUGUACCAGUGGUUUAAUAAAAAA